GUGAUGAUGAUCGCAGUGGCACUGAGCUCGGCUUGGGCAUGUGCCGAUGAGGGUUACCUUUAUGACCAGCCAUCGGCUGAGCAACUGCAGGAAAUCCAGCUGAUAGCGCCCCCCGGGAAGCAGCGCUCGAAGCCACCUGUCUACCCAGUGCAUCCCUUCCAAGCUUGCGGAAACGCUGCCCGGACCACCUACCAUGCCAAUCGCCCCCAGCCGCGUCGCACUUACAAGCACCAGGAAGUCCAGGUGGACAGCUCGUUCUUUGAGCCCUCGCCGGAUCGGAUCGAGGAACUCAAGCGGAUUCUCUUGGAUCGGCAAUGA